AAAUUAAUACAUACUUAGUAAUUUCGCCUCCAACAACACCCAUUUUGCUUUUUGCCAUCUUCUUUUUCUCUCGAAACCAUGAACCCGCCGGAAUUUCCCUCCGGCGCCGGCGCAACUUCAUCGCCGCCGGGGAAGAAAGAGCUCCAGCUCCAAGGGAUGCGCCCGCCGCCGCUCAGAGUCAGCAAAGAAUCCCACAAGAUCCGGAAGCCGCCGCUGCCCCCCGCCGCGCACCAGCCGCCGCCGCCGCCGGAACAUCGGAAGCCGGGGAUCAUUUACGCCGUGUCCCCCAAAGUCCUCCACGUCACCGUCAGCGACUUCAUGAACGUGGUCCAGCGCCUCACCGGGCCCUCCUCCGGCGACGAAACCGCCUUCCAACCCGGCGACAUGUCGCCGGCGGCGAGGAUCGCGUCGAUCGAGAGAACGAGCCCGUCGGAGAGGGAGAGGGAGAGGGUUCACGGGGGAGAGGAUGACGUGGCGUUGCUGUUGGAAGGAGUGGAAGUGGCUCAGUUCCCCGGAAUAUUGUCGCCGGCGACGUUGCCUCCGAUAUCGCCGGGGUUUUUCUCGGAGGCGCAAACGACGUCGUUUUGGAAUGACAUGAGCCCCUUUUGGUCAACGAACAGCUUCCUGGCGAGUCCGUCGGGGCUGUUUUCCGCCGCCGUGGUUUCGCCGCUAGCGUCGCCGGACAUCUUUAAUCUCUUCGACUAAUUUUCAUUAUAAUUUUGUUUUUUUUUGGCUAAGGAGUUUUGGAAUUUUUUGUGAGAUGAUUGAUUGGGAAGGAGUAGUGGUAAGGGUGGCGGUGGAAAAUUCAUCUUUUGCUGACUUUUGUACCAUAAGUUUUGCAUUUUGCAUUGUGUAAAUUUGUUUGUUUUGAUGUAGUAGGAAAACAAAAUUAAGUGACCACUCUUCAAUUCAAUACUGCACUCAAAUAUUACUACCAGGAAUGUGAAUUCAGGUUUAUUUAUUUA